AUGACGUAUCGGUCUCUCUUUUCAGAUUCCGUGCAGUACAAUAAACAUGAACACCGCCGCCGGAAAGCAGAGGGUGGUGGUGGGCAGCGGAGCGAGGAUGAAGAUGAUGGUGGUGAUGGCGAUGAAGAUGGUGACGGUGGUGGCAUGAACUAG